GAAUGAAAAUAAAUGAAUUUCGUUGUUUAUAAAAAAUUGCGUCCGCCCGUAGUCGUCAAUUGGUCCGUUCCAUUGGUGGAGGACGUCGACAUUUUUUUUCUCUACGAUCCGAUUGGUCGACCAAUAAAGAUGGUGGUGGUAUUUGUAUUUUGUAGUUUAAAACAAAAUUCUAAUUAUUCAAAGCUCCAACAUUAGCAUUGUGGAAGAAGAAAAAUUGAAAAGAUUGCAGUUUUGGCGCGAUUUUAUUCUCAUUCGUUUGGGUUUGAAAAUUUGUCGGUUGUCUUUGUCUCUUUGUCUUUGUCUGUCUGUCGGUUCAGGUAUCACAAAGAAAUUCUCCCAUCUGGCGUGCACGCCACACCGGUAUAGUCGUCAUCGUCAUCGUCAUCGUCAUCGUCAUCAUCGAGUAUUGCGAUAAGAAAAAAUAAAUAGAGGGGAAGCUGAAGGAGCGAAUAAAAAAAAAGUUUAGGUUAGAAAAUAAUGUUGUCACGCUGUGAUCGGUUAUCUUGUUCUUGUGUAACGGGCUAGAAGAAAUUUUUGGCGGUAGUAAAGCAAAGCAAAGCACGCGCAUCCGCGAAUUGCGAUAAAUUGAUGUCGUACUUUAGCGAGAGAAGGGAGACCUCCAGCGUGUUAGACAACGACGACGACGACGACGACAACGACGAAGACGACGACGACGACGACGAGGAAGAGAAGAAGGAGGUGGUGGAGGAGGAGGAGGAGGAGGUACAAGAAGAAAAAAGAAAGAGGUGAAAGUGAAUGGACGGACCGCGGGUAGAAAUAACCUAAAAAUAAUAAUCGUUCUCGUAGGAAGUAGGUGGUGGUGGUGGUGCAUGGUGCAAAAAAGAAUACUCCUAAAGGAAAAAUAAAAGAAGAAGAAGAAGAAGAAAAUCUUAAGAUAGAUAAAUAGAUAAAUCCUUAAGGGUGACGUCGCGAAUCGUUACAGGUGAUCGUCAUCAUGAUCGUUGUCUCACGUUGUCUACUACGAUGUCUCGUACCGUUGUACGCGUGACUUAGGAGAUAUUCAAAGAAACAUACAAUUAUAUAGAAAUAUGGAUACUUGUAACGAAAACGUAGAACAAACAGGAACCACCGAUGUAACCGUCACGAAAAAAACCUGGCAGGAAAUACGUGCAUCGGUUAGCGAUUUGAGAAGAAGAAUGUCAAGUGUAUCAGCAGGAUCUGUACCUGGAUCUAUAACUUUUCGAUCUUUACCUGAUGGACGCACCAGAAUAUAUUUUCUCAGUACACCGUACAAUGGUUGGGAAACCACACUUUUAUAUGUUGAUAUUGCACAUUCUGAUCAUGCCAAUGGGUAUCGUCUUCAUUGGCAACCAGUUAUAGAAGCAAAUUUUCAAAGUGUAUCCAGUACAAAUAGAUUGUCAAAGGAAGAACAGCUAUUGUGGGAAAGAAAAAGGCUAGCUACUUGGGGUAUAACUAGUUAUGAAAUUCAUGCUGAAAGUGGCAAAUUAGUUUUCCCAGCUGCGAGUAGUUUAUAUCAAUGUAUAGACACUGGCUUUAUGCCAGGACCCUUGUUCCCAUCUGAGAUUAGAAUAUCAACUGCUGGUGCUAAACUGUGUCCACAAAUUUGCCCAUGGAACAAUGCCUUAGUUUCUUACACUUGUUCCGGUGACUUAUAUUUGUCGCAUAGCGUUACAGGAUCAUCUGUGAGAUUAACUCAUGCUAGAAAAGGAGGCAGAAAUAUGGCAGAUGAUCCUCUUACAGCUGGAACUCCUUCUUACGUUAUGCAAGAAGAAUUCACGAGGUAUAUAGGUUUCUGGUGGCAGCCAAAAUCUAACGAUGGUAUUUAUAGAAUAGUAUAUGAAGAGGUCGACGAAAGUGAAGUGAAAAUAUUUUGUUUUCCUUCAACGUCGAAUUCCGAGGAUGUAGAUGAAUUUAGAUUUCCUAGAGCUGGUAUGCCAAACGCUAGGAGUAAUUUAAAAAUGGUGCAAUUCCGAUUAACGGAAACUCUACAGAUCGUUGACGACGAAAUAUUAGAACUACAGUAUCCUCUACAGAUUAUGUUUCCAUGGAUGGAAUACAUGGUUAGAGUUGGUUGGACCCCGGAUGCCCAAUACGUUUGGGUACAGCUAUUAGACAGAAAACAACAAAAGCUCGAACUGGUUUUAUUAUCGGUUGACAAUUUUUGUGAGCCUCCUACCAGUGUAUACAAUACUAAAUCAUCGUCUGGAAGCGUUCAGGUUUUAUAUUCCGAGCAGAGUGCAGUUUGGGUGAACGUCAAUGAUUUGCUUUACUUCCUGCCUUCGGAUGACCCUAACGAAGUUAAAUUUCUUUGGGGUAGCGAAGAAUCGGAUUUUAGACAUCUGUAUCUCAUAACAUCCAGCAUAAGUGGAUUAAGUAACGGAGUAGAAGAAUCCUUGGAUCGAAUGGAUAGUAUCUUUCUACAGCCACGAGUUACUUCAAAAAUUGCAUUGACCCAAGGUGAUUGGGAAGUAUUGGGUAAAAAAUUAUGGGUGGACGAGACCAAUUCUAUUGUUUACUUUUGUGGAUUGAGAGAGGGUCCAUUGGAACAGCACGUUUAUGCAGUCUCUCUUCGUCGUCCCCUAGAAAUAAGACUUUUAACAAGACCCGGUUAUAGUUAUAAUAAUGUAUAUUUUAAUAAGGAGUGCACUAUGCUCGUCACCGUUUACAGUUCCAUCAAAAUAUUUCCCAUAUGUCAAGUAUUUAGGGUGUCCCAAUCCGAUUGGACGGUAGAAAGUAUAACCCUAACUCCGGUUGGUUAUUUGUUGGAACCAUCUUCUCCCGAAUCGGAUUUAUUCGCACCUGAGAUUUAUACGCAUAAAAUAAUGUCAGGAGACACGAUAUACUCGAUGAUUUUUAAACCACAUAAUUUCCAAACGGGAGUUAAGUAUCCUACGAUAUUAAAUGUUUACGGUGGUCCAGAAGUACAACUUGUAUCGAAUACAUUUAAAGGUAUGAGACACUUAAGAAUGCAUAUGCUGGCUGCACAAGGCUAUUGCGUUGUUUUAAUUGAUUCUCGUGGCUCGCAGCAUAGAGGAUUGGUAUUUGAAAGCUAUUUGAAACGUCGUAUGGGAACUGUUGAAUUAAAAGAUCAAGUAGAAGUUUUAAAAUGGUUAGCGGAAACGACCGGAUACAUUGAUUUGAAUCGAGUAGCUCUUCACGGUUGGUCUUACGGUGGUUAUCUUAGUCUCAUGGGUUUGAUACAAUAUCCCGAUGUAUUUAAGUUGGCGAUAGCCGGAGCACCUGUAACAUCAUGGAACUUUUACGACACUGGUUAUACCGAACGUUACAUGGACCUUCCACAAAAUAAUCCUCACGGUUAUAUGAGCGGUUCGGUUCUAACAUAUGUUAGCAAAUUUCCCGAUGAAGAAAAUAGACUUCUUAUUAUUCACGGACUGAUAGACGAGAACGUACACUUUUUUCACACCAGUCAGUUGAUCAAUGCUCUUGUAAAAAUUGGCAAACCAUAUCAACUGCAAAUUUAUCCUAAUGAAAGGCACAGUCUUCGAAAUCUAGAUGCUAGUAAACAUUACGAAACCACCUUGCUAUCGUUUCUGCAAAAUUAUUUAUGAACCUAUUCUUUUUAUUACGCUCAAUUAGACAAAUUGAUUGAUCAACGGCUAGAUAAAAAAAAUAAAAAAACAAACAAAAGCAAACAAAAAAAAA